CUAGCGAAGGUACUCGUACCUUCCAGUUGUCCAAAUCACAAAAUUAUCGGGAUAGCAACAAAACAAUACCUUAGGAGCGACACUAGAGAUCACCGCUGACUCGGACUCCUCGUCUCAACGUCUUCCAAGUCUUGGCAUUCUUUCAGCAAGCGGGUCCUUCAGUGCGGUAGCCGUAGCAAUAGCAGUAGCAGUAGCAGUAUCUUGAACCAGAUUUUUUCCAUCUAGAGAGCCAAGAUCCAGCCAAGAUCAUGGGAGCAAUUAGCCCGAAAAACACCAGCGAUGGUCAGAGGAUCACAAACCACCAAAAGCAGGCAGUUGUUCUGCUGGUGCUCUCUGCAAUCAUCUACACUGCUUGCAAACUGGAUGCAACCCUGAACAUGAUGGUUCCUUCUCCACAAGAAGCAACCGAAGGCCCCAAACCGGGGACCGAGAUCAAAAUGAUUGCGCUUCUCGGAGAACGCAACUCGGGAACCCGGUGGACCUCCAGUCACCUGGAGGAAUGUUUUUCGCACGCAAUCGAGGUUCGAACGAAACUCACGCGCUACAAACACUGGUUCCAAUACCCCGCGUCGUACAGAUAUCCCCACGAAACCCUGGUCAUCACCCAGUUUCGGAAUCCGUACGAUUGGCUCAAGGCAAUGCAGCACGUCCCCCAUCAUGCCCCGGACCACUUGCAGUUUCGUCAGGACGACAGGUGGAUGGAGUUUUUGACCUCGACAUGGACCAUGGAACGGGUGGGCACGGACAAAAUCAACAACACGAGACGAUGCCAGGAGCACUUUGAAUACAAGGACAUCAUUUCUUGCGAGACAGAACCCUUGCCGCGAAGUUCUUAUAAAAAGUUGGACUACAGCAGGCACCAGCCCUUUUACGAGAUGAUGAACGACGGGAGUGGGAGACCCUACGAGAAUAUUAUGGAAAUGAGGACGGACAAGAUCAGAAAUUUCUUGAGCAUCAAGAAUUACGACGGCAUAGCCGAUGUGUGGGCCGUGCAGUACGAGUACCUGUUGACCAAGGGCACGCAAGAGUUGCUGGACGAGGUCACCCGAUGGACAGGAAUAGAACCGAACUGCACCGCGAGACCUCCGCAACAGAGGCGCAAUCGACCAGUAGAACGAGAGAUGGCUGAUUUUAUAAGGGAGCACUUAAAUUGGACAGUCGAAGCAUGGAUCGGAUAUGGACCGCACAUGCUCUAGAGUUCCAGGCUUGAUUUGCGUUGCUGCUGGCGUGAUACCGACAAACAAAACCUCUCUUGCGAUCAUUGACAAUUCCUUUAGAGUGCGGAAAAAUUAUACAAGGACCUAUUCUGAUAGACGCAUGCAUAGAACAAAUUACUUUGUUAAUG